UCAGCACCCUGCCUGGGAACAACCUGCAAUGAGGCGUGGGACUCUGCGUAACUGUGGGACACCGAACAGGAUGAGCACGAGAGCAGGAGCACUGGGUGGACAGUGCGGCACACAGCAGCCCUGCAGAGCAGAGAGGGCAGAGGGAAGUGGAAGUGUCUGCCAGCAGAACUGUAGGAGUAAAUGCUUAGACUGUUGGUGACAUUGGCUUUAGUCUAGACAGAUUUCCACGCAGGUACAGGUUGCAAGAGGAGCGAUUGGGAUGAGAUCUGAGGAAGAAAUGUUUUGGUGUGAGGGUGGGGAGACCCUGGCCCAGGUUGCCCAGAGCAGUGGUGGCUGCCCCAUCUCUGGAGGUGUUCAAGGCCAAAUUGGAUGGGGCUUGGAGCCCCUGAUCCAGUGGGAGGUGUCCCUGCCUGUGGCAAGGGGUGGAACUGGAUGGGCACUGAGGUCUCUUCCAGCCCAAACCAUUCCAUGGUUGUAUGAUGUUUCUUCCGCAAGGGCACACGCCGCGAUCCCUGUGCCAGCGUCCCAACUCACUGAGGGCUGGAAGGUGCCAGGAGCUGCCCUGGCGCUGGCUGGUGGCUCCGAGUGGCUCCAGACCCCCGUGCUUGGAGUUGAUGCCCGUGGUGGGGCAGGAGGUCAGAGGGGCACAGGGAGCCCUUGAGGAGGCGGUGGUGCACCUGCAGCUCUGAGACUAGCGCUGGAGCUCUGGGAAGCAGGCGUGCUUUGUCAGCCCAGGCAACACAAGGAGCAAUCGCCAUCGAUCGCGUGUGGCGAGACCAGAGCUGGGGCAGAACGGGGGGCACUGGGGCAUGUGCCCUCGCCCAGACAGCGACACUCCCCCCGCCAGAUAGUGCAGACCUCCCCAAAUGGCGUCUAGGGCUGUCACGUGGGGCGGGUGGGGAAUCCCGCCCGUCAGCUGGGCGGGAUCACGUGACCAGCCCGCGCUGCGCUGCGGGGCGCGAUUGCCCCGGCCCGGCGCCCCCGCAGCCUCUGGGCCGCCCCGCCGCUCCGCCGCUUCACCAUGCCGUCCAACAAAUCCGUCUCGGACGCGCCCAUCGUCCAGUUCACCAACUGCCGCAUCCUACGAGGCCACCGGCUGCAACGGGAGGACCUGUGGGUACGGGAGGGGAAGAUCCUGAACCCGGAGAAACUAUUCUUUGACGAGAAGGGCUCUGCUGACGUCCAGCUGGACUGUAAGAACAGCAUCAUCGCCCCAGGCUUCAUCGAUGUCCAGAUCAACGGUGGCUUUGGGGUGGACUUCUCUCUGGCCACAGAGGACUUCAAAUCAGGGAUUGACCUUGUCAGUCAGAAAAUCCUUUCCCAUGGAGUGACCUCGUUCUGUCCCACCCUGGUGACCUCUCCUCCAUCCGUGUACCACCAGGUUCUCCCUCAGAUCAGUGUAAGGAAUGGCGGAGCCCAUGGAGCAGGCAUCCUGGGGGCCCAUCUGGAAGGACCGUUCAUCAGCAAGGAGAAGAAAGGGGCACACCCGGAGUGCUGCCUUCGCACCUUUGAAGCAGGUGCCUUCCAGGACCUGCUUGCCACCUAUGGGUCCCUGGACUGUGUCCGGAUCAUCACCCUGGCCCCAGAGAUGAAGAGGAGCAGUGAGGUGAUCCAGGAACUCACCAAGCGGGGCAUCUGUGUCUCGCUCGGUCACUCAGUGGCAAAUCUCUCCCAGGCUGAGGAGGCUGUGCAGCACGGCGCAACCUUCAUCACUCACCUCUUCAACGCCAUGCUGCCGUUCCAUCAUCGUGAUCCUGGGAUCGUGGGGCUGCUGACAAGUGACAGGAUUCCUGCUGGGCGGAGAGUCUUCUAUGGCAUGAUCUCUGAUGGCAUCCACACCAACCCUGCCGCCCUGCGGAUUGCCCACCGAGCCCACCCCAAAGGCCUGGUGUUGGUGACAGAUGCAAUUGCUGGCAUGGGACUGGCACCAGGUCGGCACACGCUGGGUCAGCAGGUGGUGGAGAUCGAUGGGCUGAACACCUACAUUGCGGGCACAAAGACCCUGAGCGGCAGCGUGGCAACCAUGGACACAUGUGUGCGACACUUCCAAGAAGCCACAGGGUGUUCGGGAGAGACUGCGUUGGAAGCAGCGUCUCUGCAUCCUGCCCAGCUCCUGGGGAUUGACCACAAAAAGGGGACACUAAAUUAUGACUCCGAUGCAGAUUUCGUGAUGCUGAAUGACAGUCUGUAUGUACAAGCCACAUACAUCGCGGGAGAGGAAGUCUGGAGACAGGAUGCGUUCGGCAUGUGACACUGGGCUGUCCUGGUGCCCUUUGAGGCUCCCUGGCACCGUGGUUGCCAGCUUGGGUAACCACCCCACUUCUCUCUUCUUUAAAUUCCUUCCUGCAACUCCCUUAAAGGAGCCUCAUACCAAAGAGCUGUGUUUUCCAGCACAACCGCUGCUUCCAGUUACAGCCAUGCCUGCAACAGAUUUGUUGGUGCUCUGUUGGUGAGUGGGGAAAGCAGGCAGAGGUGCAUUGGGGAGGACUAUCCAUCCCCAGAGUGACCUGAAGGACUGCACAGCUCUCCUGCAUGGAGUCCCCAGACAGAGGUGCUUCCAUCGCCGUCUUACAGCAGUGUGAAGGUGUCCCUGCCUUUGCGCUGUUUUAUACAGCACACACUGACCUGCCUCGUGCCCAAGGCAGGCUCAAGCCAUUUCUAUUCCUCUGCCUGCUGUUUGCCUUGCUCCCGGGCAGCUGUGGCUGGUUAGACAUCAGCUUCCACCAGCUCACCUCACAGCUCUCCACGUUAAAGGUACUAGUUGUGUCAGCAGCAGCUCAGGAUCACAUUCUGAUCCCCAGGCAUCCCACUGUUGUGCGUCGUCUGGAGUAAGGCUGUCAUGGCUCGCUGGCUCAGUGCCGUUGUGGGCCAGAAUCUGUGUGGGCUGAAUCCUCAGGGCAGAGAUCAAACCCAGGAAAAAUGAGGCAUUGCUCAUCCUUUGUGCCUUUUCCUUGCGUUGGUGUUGAGUCCACAGCACGUGGUUUCGGCUGCAGACAUGGACAGCAUCCUGCCACAGAAAGUAAUGUCCCUUUGUUCUAUCUCAAUGGGUUCUGCAGACUCUGUGCCCAGCCAUACCUAGUGGAGCCUUUGCAUCGUCUGAUGGGUUUGUGCAUUCCUCAGGCCAUAGACAGGAAGCUUUUGCCUUAGGGAAUGCAUCUGGACUGGCAGUGAUAGGCUCGCAGCCCUUGGACAGGCUCAGGGACCUGAGGGAGAGGAGAACUACAGUGGGAUUAUGCCUUUCAGUUACAGUUGAUUGUGCUUGUUACUCCCAUGCUCGUGAUUUUCUUCUCCAAUACUUGACUGUCAGAUCUUCCUGGCACUGGACACUUCUAGGUGAAGACUGAUGCUGAUUUCAAAGCUACUGCAGUCACGAAAGCUUGGCAGUAAGUCUUGGGCCACUUCUGAGGAGCCUCAAACCACGAGGUGGUUUCCAGUAGUGAGGGGAGGGCUUAGGCAAGGGCUCCAUCCUGGCAAGGGUAGAGGCAAAGCAGGAGCCUGGGCAGAAUUGGCAGAAGUGUGCGGAUUUUUCUGGUUUCUUUUUAUAACCAUUAACAGCAGCAUUUGGAAGUGCUUUCCUAGCACUUGAAAGGUCUGCUGGAAUAACUGGCAGGCCGGAA